UCUUUAAUUAUUCCUCCUUAUCCACCACCACACACGUCGUGAGCUGAGCACGCGGUCGAACCAGCCCAAAGCCUCUCUCAGUUCGGUAAGAGACUUCCCCAGCGAAGCACAACAAACUGAACCCUCCCGUUAUGGCGACAUCUCAUCCAUGUUUUGUCGGACAAAGAAUCUCCCUCCCUCAAUUUCACCUCCUCUUCAACUCAAAACCUCCGAACCACGAGCUCACGACCAACAAACGCUCGAAUCUCUGCGUCUCCAUCGCCCUACCGCACUCCUCCGCUUCCUCUACAUCAACUCGAAACCCUAGAAAAUCAUCUCGUAGCUGUUUUCGCAAUUGCGCCGCCGCCGCCGUGGAUGGCGCUGAAACCAGCUCGAGUGAGAAUAAGUGGGAUUGGGAUCGCUGGAGUCGCCACUUCUCCGAGAUUGAAGAAAUCGAUGGCGUGGUGUCUCUUCUCAAGGUACAACUCGAAGAGGCCAUCGAAAGAGAAGACUUUGAAGAGGCAGCGAAGUUGAAAGCAGCUAUUGGAGAGGCCACUGUGAAUGAUGCUGUCGCUGAGAUCAUGUGCCAGUUGCAGGAUGCAAUAGGUGAAGAGCGUUACCAUGAUGCUUCCAAGUUAUGUAGGCAGACAGGAAGUGGACUGGUGGGUUGGUGGGUUUGUUAUCCUCAAGAUUCCGAGGAACCAUUUGGCAGAAUUGUACGCAUAACUCCAGGCGUUGGUAGGUUUAUUGGCAAGAGUUACAGUCCAAGACAGCUGGUGACUGCAGCAGCUGGAACACCUCUCUUUGAGAUUUUUGUUGUCAAAGACACGGAUGGAGAAUAUACUAUGCAGGUGGUGUAUUUGCAACAUGUCAAGCAAAAACCAGCCACUCCUGAGAACUCCUAUCUAAGUUCACAGCAAUCAUCGAAUGCCUCAGAUGAGAGCCCAUCCAUUGUAGAUGCAGGAGGAAGUGAAGUGAAAGUGGAUAAGAGAAAAGAUAAACUACUAAAUGCGGAGGAACCAACUGAAGAAGGGAUUCAAAAUGUGAUAAAAUUUCUAAAAGACAAAAUCCCAGGGCUAAAACUGAUGAAAGUGAUGGACGUUGAACUCCCCGAUGAAGAGAUCGUAGGCAGUGACGAUGAUCUUGUAGAGCUGGUUGGAGAAGUAAUUGAGGAAGCUGGUUCCGCUGAUGAAGAAGAAGAAGAUGAUGAUGACAGCAGUGAAGAAACUGCAUCUAAGGAUGGUGCAGAUAUUGGAAAGGAUUUAAACCCUAAGGUUUUCAUCGGAGGGGUUCUACACAGCACAGAGGAUUCCUCUGUAGAGGAUGAGCUGGUCCGUGUUUUGGCAGAUAUAAAGGAUAACGAAAGAGAUUCCUUUACACUGCAUGUUCCUGGGAGAAGAAAGAGUGAUGUUGAUACAAGAAAAGACAGAGUGUCUAAGGAGCAAGUAACAGCUCUAGCAGCUCAAGGACUUUCAGAUCUGAUGCCACCAGAGGUUGCAAAGGCGUUCUGGGGUUCAGAGAGACCUUCUCUGAAGGUAUCAAGAAAUGUCCGUGAGAUUGUCAAGCUUGCUAUAAGCCAGGCACAAAAAGGAAAUCGUCUCUCUGAGUAUACAACAUUUAAUAGAAUCGUAACUCCUGAAAGCGACCUAGACCCUUUUGAUGGCUUAUAUGUUGGUGCGUUCGGACCUUAUGGCACUGAGAUAGUACAACUUAAGCGUAAGUAUGGCAACUGGAAUGAUGCAGAGGAAAGUGACUCCUCAGAUAUUGAGUUCUUUGAAUAUGUUGAGGCUGUGAAGUUGACAGGGGAUCCAAAUGUGCCUGCUGGCCAGGUGACAUUUCGUGCAAGGAUUGGGAAGGGGAGUCGCAUGAGGGAUCGUGGAAUGUACCCAGAGGAAAUGGGAGUGCUUGCGAGUUACAUGGGAGAAGGAAGAAUAGCAGACUUUGGGUUUAAAAACCCAAGAUGGGUCGGAGGGCAGCUUUUAAAACUUAAUGGAAAGGGAAUGGGACCAUAUGUGACUGGUGGAGAUCUUGGAUUCCUCUAUGUUGGACCUGAGAAGAGCUUCAUGGUCGUUUUCAACCGUCUGAGACUGCCCGAGUGACUAAUAUUCUUCUUUUUGACCUUCUUCCAUACACACUUUACUUACUACCCCUUACAGUUUUCAGAGCAACAUUACUGCGAGAGUGUUUUAAGAUGGGGAAAAGCUUUAUUGUAACUUAUAUUGUGGCUCAUGUUUUCUUUCCAUACACAAGAUAUAUAAUACAUGCUGCUUACAAAGUC